UAAAUACCCCUGUGCCUCACACACAGUUGGUGCAUCCAACUGUGUGUUGCUAAAUGACACCAUCAUGAGAUGCUCAUGGCUGUUGGUUUUGGGUCUUCUCCAAAAUUUUGCACAUUCCUUGGAAAUUCUGGGUUCAGGUGAAGAACCAACUUCUGUGAUUGCUCAAAACGUCACCGGAGUUCUAGGGGAUUAUGUGUACCUGAGCUGUGAGUUUCAGGGCAAAGAGGACAUCCAGAAAGCUGAGUGGAAACGCAAGAUUUCUCUGAAUAAAUUCAAACGACUGGCCGGCUUCGCAAAUAAUAAAUCAUUUAGCCAUUUUGAUGACUUCUCAAAACCCCCCUCAUCCACUAACCUCACAGUUAGGAUGAGGGUGUCCAAUGUGGAGGCGGAGGGAGAGUACCUCUGUGAGUUUGAGGAUAAGGAAGAAAAUUCAUUUGGCAGCGUGUUUGUCACUGUUUAUGUUAAACCAGAUAUACAGAUAAUGGUGAAUUCAGAGACCAUAAAUGACAUUCAUUACCAGAUGGUGUCAUGCUCAGCCAUUGGAGGGAAACCAACGCCUCACAUCAGCUGGCUGGUCGGUGGGCAACCGCCUUCCGGUUUCCCCUUCACUGUGAAUGAGAGUAAAACUCUCCACUCAAACAGCACCUCCACGCUGCACAGCAUCCUCAGCUUCCCCACCCAUCUCCAGGAGGAGGACAGUGUGACCUGUGUUGUCAAACAUGAGACCCUUCCAAGCCCAAAAAGCACCACAACAAGGGUGAAAACCUACGUGAGGCCAAAUGUGACGAUUAAAGCAGAGAUGGUAGAACACGGAGGAAAUGAUUUCUGGGUGGUCUCUUGCAUUUCAUCCGGAGGGAGACCUGAGGCUGACAUUUCCUUGGCUUUGAACGGGAAUGAAGAGGUGCAAAGAGAUAAAACUGCAAAUUCAGACAUGAAAAGUCUCUCCGUCCGGCUGGCUGUGGCAGAACACGAGGGCCACAGCAUCACCUGUGUGUUUAGACACCCAAAGUUCUCACACCCUGAGUCUCGAAACAUUACCCUGCCCACUUUUUAUUUGUCUGGAGUUCAUUUGUCCUUUGAAGGGGGAAACAGCAGCAACGGCUUCAAUUCCACAGAAUUUCUAGAGUUGCAGGAAGGAGACAGAGACGUAGUCUUCACCCUGAAGGUCACAGGGAAUGUGCCACGCUACAUUGUUGACUGCAAAAAAGAUGACAGGCCCUUGCCUGAAGACGUGAAGCUGAUUGGUAGAGAUCUAAUAAUUCGAGGUCCGGUAACGCUUCAGCAUUCUGGUCUGUAUGAGUGUGACUGCUCCUACCACCAUCUGAAAGCAACAAUGCAGGUCAACAUUACAGUUCAAGCUCAACCUCCACAGAUGGUUUCUCCCACAAUCAGGGUCGAUUCUCACAGCGAAGGUGAAUUCACAAUGAUUGAGUGCUCGGCGACUGGCGCUGUUCCUGCAGCCAGCGUUUCCUGGAGUCUACCUGAAGGUGUUUCCGAAGACUUUUGGUCCAAUUCCACUUUCAAUAAUGGAAGCCACACUGUUUUACUCCUCCCUGCAUGCUUGCCUCUGGAGCUCACAGCAGUGUGUGUGAUAAAUCACCCUACAUUUAAGGAAACAGAGAACAGAAGUAUAAUACUCUCACAUUGCGCUCGACCAAACGUAACCAUCACCCUUAGCUCUGAGUGGAAAGACAGUCACAAAUACUCAACGGUGAUCUGCUUGGUGGUCAGUGUCGCCUCUGCUGCAGCUAUAAGCUGGCGUGCUGGAAACAAAGAUGACAUCAGUUAUGCGAUGAACACCGAUUUCCACACUGAGGGUCUGGUAUCAACCCACAGCUCUGUGCAUUUUAAGUCUUCUCUCUAUGCCGGUCAGAAUCUCACUUGCAUUGUGAAACACCCCAGUUUGGUGAAUCCAGAAAAGAGAACCAUACACAUUCCAGUGAACAAACCCCCUCAUGUCAGUGUGUCUGUGGUGCGACAGAAACACUCCCCUCUCUGGCUUGCAGUGUGUGACUGUAAAGGGGAGGGUGUUGGGACAAACCUUGCAUGGGACCUUCCUGAAAAUGUCAGAAAUGAAACAACCUUGCACACAGAAUACAAAGGACACAUAAUGAACGCCAAGCUGACUUAUCAGUUUCCUCUGUUCCUCCAUGAGGGACAGGGCCUGACUUGUGUGUAUAAAUCUGAUAAUGGGAUCACAGAAAGGAAAACUAUUCCCAUACCAAAAUAUUAUAUCUCCUCUGUAAAGGUCCUGAACAACACAAGUGCUCUAAAGAACCACCAUGCUGAUCAAGCUGCUGUAUACAGAGUUUCUGUCAAUGAGAAUCAACCCAACCAGAAAGUAUUGCUCAGAGUGGAAGGAAACAUGCCAGAUUACAGCCUUGAAUGUCGAAGGAGUGAUGGCUCAACUGUUCCAAUGGAUGGGGACACCAUGAUCCUUCAUUCGGACCCUUCAGGCCAGACUAAAGGCCUCUACUGCUGUUUGGCUUCUUUUUAUCACCACAAUGCUACUGUCGACAUUCAAGUGGAAGUCUUGAGAGAGGGCGAACAGUUUAUGCUGGUAAUCCUGAUCUGCAUCUCUUCCGCCUCGGCUGUCCUUAUCGUCUUCAUCGUCAUCCUCUAUGUGUGCUGCUGGUGAGUUAGUUCCCAAGGUGUCAGCUCAGCAGGUGAUGCACUGAUGUGCAAAUGAGGGCAUCGCUGCCAACUGCGUUCAGUGUGAGACAAACAGGAUGUGAGGAUCGUUAACCCAAGUCAAUAACCAACCACCUCAGUGUAGUUAUUCACAAACAGGAAAACUGUGGCUGAGGCAGACAGGUGCCUUUGCCACCACAGUCCCGCUUGUUGUACAUAGGUAGAAAUUGUGCAGUUAUAAAACAGAUUUAUCGACUAGUUUCCUGCUCUGCCUUUCAGAAGUUUUAAGUUUGUUCAGUUUUGGUCCAUUAUAGUCUCUGCCAAGUUGCACAAUUCAUAGGUUUCUAUGUUAUUACUGUAUAAUUCAAGCUGCUGUACUUCAGUCUUAAAAAAAAAUUCUCGAAUGAAUUUUUAAUGCUACUGCUGGAAAAGGUUGUUGAUUCACAUCUUUUACAACUUAGGAGGGCUAUCUGUAACGGUGCUAAAAACUGUUUAUUGCUUUAUUUUCUCACUGGAUCCUGCCAGUGAUUUGUGAGGCUCAAACUAUGCCUCCCAUUAGAGGCAAACCACAGAGGUUUUCAACUUGUUUGAAUAGGCCAGCGACUCCUAACAUUCUUCCACUUACAGCCUCAGUCUCAUUAUAAGUGACACAGUCCUGUCAGGCUAAUUCUGGAAGGUCAGUCACCCUGUGAACAACAAGAAAACAUGACUCCUCAAGAGUUAUUUUGAGAUAACCUCAGGCCACCUGACCUUCCACACUCGCUGAGGAGAACAUGACAGUGCAGGUCCUUCUUCUGUCCCUGGGGAGUUUAAGGAAUAAGCAAGCUGCUUCUCAGGGAUUAAUGAUAGAGAAUUUACUCAAUCCUGUAUUCAUGCUGCAUGCACUGGAUUCACAUCUACAAGUUAUUAGUUUGCUAUAGUUCUCUGAGGUUAUAAUUAUACCACACUGCCAUCUAGUGGCAGAAAAUAGACAAGUAAACAUGUCAAUGUUUAUUUAUUUCUAUAGCACAUAUUAAAAACAGCUACAUUUGCCCAAAGUGCUGUACAACAGGGUGCAUCAAAUGAGCAAAA